CGCUGCUACACUCGUAUCUAAGGGUCGGGAUCGCCCCGAGGAGCCCAGAACGGCGGAAGGGAGCCCAGCGCCAUGGAGCUCCGCACAGCCCUCCUCUGCCUCUGUGUUGCCCUCGUGCUCCCCGCCUGGGGGAGCCCCAUCCCGGCAGCCGACGGCAUUCAGGCUCAGGAGGAUUUUGACGAGGAGAAGCUGUAUGGGAAAUGGUACGGCAUCGCUAUUGGCACGACUUGCCGCUGGAUGAUGCAAUACAAGCACCGCUUCAACAUGGGUACGCUGGUGGUGGCCCCCGGACGCACGGAGGAGGAGAUCAGCCUCACCGCCACCCGGAUCAGGCAGGGCGUCUGCAGCGAGGUGGCCACGCCGUACAAGAAGACCGACGUCCCGGGGAAGAUCUGGUACUACAACCCAAGGUGGAAGACGACCGUCGAGAGCUACGUGGUCCGCACGGACUAUGACGAAUACGCCAUCUUUGUGAUGAAGAAGAACGGCACCCAAGGACUCACCACCACGGCCAAACUCUACGGGAGGAGCCCCAGGCUGAGCGAGAGCCGCCUGGCCGAGUUCAAGCAGCUGGCCCUGGGCCUGGGCAUUCCAGAGGACUCCAUCUUCAACCUGAUUGACGCAGGGGAGUGUGUGCCGCCCAAGCCCCCAAAUGAGCCACAGCGGGUGCGGAGAACCACCCUGUUCGAUGAUGAAGGCUCUGCCGACGGCCCCCCGCAGCACCUGGGCGGCCAUCAGGAAGAUGACUGCCGCAAGCCGAUGGACACGGGGCCCUGCCUGGGCAUGGAGCAGCGGUACUUCUACAACGCCACUUCCCAGACGUGCGACAGCUUCUACUUCGGGGGCUGCAUGGGGAACAAGAACAACUUCCUCUCGGAGAGGGCCUGCCUCCAGACCUGCCGGACGGAGGCGGCUUGCCGUCUCCCCAUCAUCCCCGGAGGGGCCUGCAAGACGACGUUCUGGGCCUUCGACGCAGGCCAGGGCAAGUGCGUCACGUUCCAGGGCUGCGGAGGCAACGCAAACAAGUUCUACCUGGAGAAGGAGUGCAAGGAGUAUUGUGGCAUCAUGCUCGACGGGGACGAGGAAUUCCUCCGCCUGUCGUCGCAGUGAGCUGGUGCCCGGGGGGCCCUCGGGGGCACAGACCGCAGGCGCGCGUCCCUUGCAGCCCGGCCUUCCCUCAUCGUGAAUAAAAAGACCGUCCCGCAGA